GAGAGAACUUGUUUAGACGGAGGGAUGGUGUCAUUCCUUUAGGAGACAUGUAGGGGGAGGGUUCAACAGCUGUGAUUCGGAAAGAAACAGAAGUAGAGACUGCAGAAAAAGUUAUCAUUGAAAUCACUUACGGAGAGAGAAACAAGAAGAGAAGGAGGAGGCAGGCAAAGAGAUCUCUAACAGCAGUGCAGUCAUCAUUGGCCGCAGAUGUUGUCCCACCUCCAGCGGCCAGGAGAAUGCGGAAGCGUGAACCGGAAGUGUGACUAGAGUCGGUACAUUUGGAAAAAGUUCAUGCUGGCAGAUCAGAUUCGCUGAUGAUCGUCCCCACGAGAUCUUGUCAGUACUAACAGAAUGGUGCCUGACGCCAACAUAUCACCGUAAAGUGAUAUACAUUAAGAAAGGAUACUCAUAAAGGGCUGUAGGGAUAGAAAUUAGACGCGUUGUCUCUUUGUACUGGCAUAACUGCACCUUUCCGGAGGAAAACGAACAAUCAAGAUGUCUGACUCUAGUAGCGGCAAGCCCAUUGUGGUAACUUCCUCGGUCUCCCUCAAAGUUACCGCUCCUUCUUUCUACAACCAACCCAAAAAGUUUGCAUCUGUCGCUCCUCCACGCCCCAAAAUACAGAUGGCCCCAUCACAGCCCUCUCCAUUUGUAAGCACUGGUGUAAUUGGACGAGUUGGAGAGAUGCCCCCGCCCCCUUCAGCUGUUUGUGAGGACUUCCCGCCCCCUCCUCCUCCUCCGCUGGAUGAUGCCGAGCUCCCAGCCCCUCCUCCAGAAUGCCAAAUCACACCCCCUGCAUCUGAUGCCCUUCCUCCUGCAUUCCCAGCCCCGCCCCCAGUUGCAGAAGACCUGCACCUCCCUGCACCUCCUGAAGAGUUUAUCUCUGUACCUUCUGCCUCCUUCCCCCCACCACCACCACCACCACCACCACCACCUCCUCCUCCUCUCCCUCAGACCGGUGCAGGUGUCAACUCUCAGAGGCUGAUUGAGAAACAGACGAGUUUUGACAGGCAGCUGGGCUCUUUGACCAAUAUGUUAUCAGAGAUGGAGACUAGUGGACCUUUCAACCCAAAGUUGCCUAGCCAGUUUUCAUCAGCACCAGCGCCAAAGCCAGUAGCACCACCACCAAAAGCCCCUAAGCCCACCCUCUCCUUUCUGCCCCCUCCUGAGCUGGCGGAUCGUCCUCCCCCUGCCCCUUGGGCUGAGGAGCUACGUGCUCGAACACGACCGGCCAAGCAGAGCACAGCCUCUGCCCCCGCCCCUGUACAGUCAUUGGCUAAAGGCCCAGCUGUUGCUCCAAAAACCAACUUCCCUCCCAGUCAGCUGAAUUCAAAUUUUGGUUCCAAAACAGUUAGUCCUGCACCUUCUGGAGGCGCAAGAGGGUUUAACCAUGCCGUUAAAACCCCCGCCCAAAGCUCUUUCCCACCGCCUCCUCCUGCGGCUCCUCCUGCCCCUGUUGCUCCACCAGUGAAUAUUCCCGCCCCCACACCUGCUUUCAAUCUCUCUGAAACAUCUCCCAUUGGCAGUCAGCAAGGCUUUGCUCCGCCUUCUCCUGCUGCACCUAAGAAAUCACCCAUCGCAUCGUUCAGCAGACCAGCAGGAAACACUGUUACACCAAAGGUGUCUGGUUCUGGUGGAGCUCCUCUCACUAUGAGGGAAGUAGAAGAGCUGGAGAAAAUGACUAAGGAGUUUAUUAAAGACAUGGACAAACAUCCUCCUGUGAUCACCUCUCCAGCUACAGUGUGUGGUAAAUGUGGAGAAGCUCUGUCUAGAUCUCAGCCAGCAGUAAGAGCAAUGGAGAAACUCUUCCACUCCCAUUGUUUCUGCUGCAUGAGCUGCCAGCGCCCCCUGCAGGGCAUGCAGUUCUACGACCACGAGGGGACGCCUCAGUGCGAGGACUGCUACACGAAAUCUCUGACUGUGUGUUCCCUCUGUGGGGAGCGGAUCACAGACCGUGUCCUGAAGGCGGUGGGUCAGUGUUUCCAUGCCCACUGUUUCCGCUGCACUACCUGCAGCUGCACCCUGGAGGGCGCUCCAUUCAUCACAGAUGACGACAACAACCCCUACUGUGUCAAAGAUUACCAUCGCCGUUUCUCUCCACUCUGCGUGAGCUGCAAUGAGCCGAUUAUUCCCGACCCGGGAAGUGAAGAGACCAUCAGGGUUGUUGCGUUAGAGAAGAACUUUCACCUGAAGUGCUACCGAUGUGAGGAUUGUGCCCGUCCCCUUUCCAUCGAGGCAGACGCUGACGGCUGCUACCCAUUGGAUGGCAGAAUUCUGUGCAUGAAAUGCCACACCCAACGUGCCAAGCAGGCUAAACAGUGAUUGGUGGAAACUAAACCAAAUUUAAGACACAUAAUUGGCUUAGUGUUAUAAAUCUCUCUUCCGUUUCACAUUCUCAUGUUUGCUCAAUGUCAGUUUAGCCUUUUCUCGACGAAGCUCUACUGCUUUUUCUGAAUGGCCUUAUUCAGAGCCCAGCCCAUAGCUUGCCCUGUUUGGCCUGGCGUCUUUCUGCCAGGGCCUGAUGUGUGCGAGCACAAUGUUAGUGCCUCCAUUUUGAAUGUUAUAUAUGACACAAUUUCUACCCCUAGAUUGUUUAAGUAGUGAUUUUAGGACCCUUUUUGUGGCUUGAAUUUGUACUGUAGUGGCUGACUCUGUGCAGAGGUAAUGUACUGCACUGCCGUUUGAACUGCACAGUACGACUCCCAGCAUGCCUUUAAAAAAAAAACAUCCGUAAAUCGUACCACAGCUGACUACUGAGGCAAGACGUAUAGUUUGUAUAUCCACCAUCAUCCAUGCACUUUUAAUAAGGCUUUUCCGAAACACGUUGUAGUGGAUGAGAAGGGCUCUUUGUGAAAUUGUAGUCACAACAAAUGUACAAUAAGCAAAAAAACAAAGGCAGGGAAAGACGCGAUUUGUCAUGCAUGCUUCACUUAUCUAACUGUUUACCUGUAAAUGAACAAAUAUUUUAAAAAGCACAUCCUAAAACAUGUCGAACAAAACAGUUGAGUAAGUUUGCAUUGAUUAUCAUGCCAGUAUCAGUUCAAUUAUUUUCCAUUCCAUAUAUUGCCAGAGGUAUUCAGCGAUUAAACAAUUGUAGGUCUGUUUGACGAUUAAGUAUUUCCAAAGAAAAGCACAUCAAUCACUGAGCCUCUUGUAAUAUUUACAUAGACUACUGUAAUAAAUCUAUGACAUUGUAGUUAAAGCUUUUUUUCUUAAAAAC